AUGGCUAAAGGCGCAAACUCUCCUCAACGCCCUCGAUACUGGCUUCUUACGUCUCCUCGUACGGCCUCCAACCUGUUGGUCAAAAUGCUCAACCUCGGCGAGCAGAACGUACGCCCUGCCACCCACGGAGGAUACUUCUUCCUUCCAUCUUUGCCCAAGCACUUCUUGGUAGCUGAGAAGCCCAUGGACACAUGGACGGAAGAAGAGAGUGCGACAGUGAACAAGGUUAUCCAGGAAUGCUCUGAAAGAUUCCAAGAUUAUAUCGCUGCGGCUGAGAAGGAAGGUCAGACGAUUUAUGUCAAGGAACACUCUAUCAUGUUGAACCAUCCUCGUUGCGAAGACAGUUAUGUCAACGGUUCAACUGGAUCCCAGAAAGAGGCGACACCGCUUCCCAUGUUGGACAUCACUCAACCAACACGAUCACCUCUCAAUCUCACUCUAUUUCCAGAUGAGUUUCUCAAGACUUGGAAUCCAACCUUCCUCAUCCGCCAUCCCGCUCUAAUGAUCCCCUCUCUGUACCGCACAUGUUUUGGCAAGAUGGAGUGGGAGGGCUUCAAGCGCCCCAGAAAGGAACCCAUGGCAGCAGAGGUCACUACGAGGUGGCAUCGAACGUUGUAUGACUUUUACUCCGAGCACUUUGCCAAUGAUAGCAUCUGGCCUAUCGUCAUUGACGCCGACGAUGUCAUGACAUGUCCUCAGCUUGUAGGCAAGUAUGCGCAGCUUACUGGUCUUGAUGAGAGUAAAGUCCGCUACUCGUGGGACAAGGCAGGGGAGGGAGAGCUGAACAAGCUGAGCCAAAUGGAGCAAAGGAUGCUUAGCUCUAUCAACGCCAGUACCACUAUUGACCAGAGUAAAGUCGCUGGGAAAGUUGAUAUUGAUCAGGAGGCAGUCAAGUGGAAGGCUGAGUUUGGUGAAGAAGGGGCGCAAAAGCUUGAGCGAUGGGUGAGAGACGCUAUGCCAGACUAUGAGUUUCUGCAUUCCAGGAGACUCAGGUUGGAGCAAGAGUAG